AUCCUGCUCGAUCUGUCUGGUGGUCUGCUACAGGAGAGCAUGCUCAGCUGUGCCCCUGGCCGUCGCAGGGAGGGGAUCGAGAGCAUGGUGCUCGCUCGCUUCCUCACCGUCGUCCUCGUCAGCGCCGCCGCACUGCCGCUGCUCCUUUUCUCCUGUGCAGCAGAGGCGGCCGGCGGCGAGGUUGGCGUGAGCUACGGGAGGGUGGCGAACGAUCUGCCGCCGGACCAGGGGUCGGUGGUGGACCUGCUCAGGCGGAACGGCAUCACCAUGGUCAGGAUCUACGACGCCGACCCCGACGUGCUCAAGUCGCUGGCUAACACCGGCAUCAAGGUGAUGGUGAUGCUGCCCAACGAGAACCUGGCCCAGGCGGCCAGGGACCCGCCCUACGCGCUCAGGUGGGUACAGAGCAAAGUGAAGGCGUACUACCCGGCCACGCGGAUCGACGGCGUGGCCGUGGGGAACGAGGUGUUCCACGCGAGGCCGGAACUGAACCCGGACCUCGUCCCGGCCAUGACCAACGUGCAGGCGGCGCUGGCGCAGCUGAACCUGGCCGACGCCAUAAAGGUGUCCACGCCGAUCGCGCUCGACGCGCUGGUGGAGUCCUCGGCCUGGCCGCCGUCGUCUGGCAGAUUCAAGGACGAGGUGCAGCCGGUGAUGAAGCACAUGCUCGACUUCCUGCAGACGACCCGCUCCUACCUCUCCGUCAAUCUGUUCCCGUGCCUGACGUACAUGUAUCAACCUGACAUGAACCGCGACUUCGCCCUGGGCAACUCCAACGCCCCCAGCCAGCGCGACGACGUCACCGGCCUCGUGUACCACAGCCUCCUGGACGCCCAGCUCGACGCCACGUACUUCGCCAUGGAGAAGUUGGGGUUCCCCCAGUUGAGAGUGCGCCACACGGAGCACGGGUGUGCGUCGGGCGGAGGACUCAAACCCGGCCACGGCGGGAGGCGCCUGGGGGACGGGGACGGAGGCGCGGCGCCCUCGGUAGCCAACGCCCAGGCGUACAUCAACAACCUCAUGGACCGCGUGGCGUCCGGCCGGACGGGGACGCCGCACCGCCCGGACGCCGACAUGGACGUCUACAUCUUCGCCCUCUUCAACGAGAACCAGAAGGGCGACGGGCCGGACGACAUCGAGGCACACUACGGCCUGUUCUACCCCAACAUGCAGAAGGUGUACGAGUUCCAGUUCCCCGGCAGCGCAGCGGCGGCGAGCUGGUGCGUGGCGAACGCGGCGGUCGGGGACGCGCGGCUGCAGGCGGCGCUGGACUGGGCGUGCGGCCAUGGCGCGGACUGCAGCGCCAUCCAGCCCGGGGCGGCGUGCUUCGAGCCCAACACCAAGCUCGCGCACGCCUCGUACGCGUUCAACAGCUACUACCAGCGCAACGGCCGGGCCAGCGGGGCGUGCGACUUCGCCGGUGCAGCUUACGUCGUCAACCAGGCGCCAUCAGGCACCUGCAGCGCGACGGCGGCGAGCUGGUGCGUGGCGAACACGGCGGUCGGCGACGCGCGGCUGCAGGCGGCGCUGGACUGGGCGUGCGGCAACGGCGCGGACUGCAGCGCCAUCCAGCCCGGCGCAACGUGCUUCCAGCCGGACACCAAGGCCGCCCACGCCUCGUACGCGUUCAACAGCUACUACCAGCGCAAGGGCCGCGCCUCCGGGACGUGCGACUUCGCCGGCGCCGCCUCCGUCGUCUACAACGAACCAGCCGGCGCCUGCGACGCGACGUCGAGCUGGUGCGUGGCGAACGCGGGCGUCGGCGACGCGCGGCUGCAGGCGGCGCUGGACUGGGCGUGCGGCCACGGCGCGAACUGCGGCGCCAUCCAGCCCGGCGGCGCGUGCUUCGACCCUAACACCAAGGCCGCGCACGCCUCGCACGCCUUCAACAGCUACUACCAGCGCAACCGCCGGGCAAGCGGCACGUGCGACUUCGCCGGCGCCGGCUCCGUCGUCUACCAGGCGCCAAAGAUCGGAAACUGCGUGCUCCCGUCGAGGGUAUGAUGAUGAAGAUGAUGAACUCGUCUCAGCAUACGUAGUAGCAUCAUAGCAAUCAAUACCAUGAAAUUAAGGUCCGAUAUCCAGUUCCACCCUCUACUAUGGAACUGAAGAAUAAAGCACGGAAGCUAAAAAAAAGUUUCUGUGCUGGCAAUGUAUAUAGAGCAGCAAAUUCCAGAGGACAGUACCCCUACCUUAUCAGUUAAGUAUCACUUAUGGUACUUGUUUUAUGUUUAUUAGCAAAUAAUGUCUCGUUUUAUGUUUACGGUGAUGAUUUUCUCUGAA